AGCUUUUCCUUUGACAACUAAACAAACGAGCUUUCGAAGAAGCAUCUCACACGAGUCAGACAGCUGUUCGCGCGUCUUGUGUUCACACCGUGAAAGAAACCGAAAGAGAAAGUAUGUAAGUGCGUGUCGUAAGAGAGCAUGCCAGCUUCGUACCGGAACGCGGCGAAAUAUCUUAGUCGGCGAGUGACUGCAAUACGACGAACAACACCUUGCCCGAUAAAUUCUCAUCCUGAUCUCGUUUCGUACACGGAGGAGGAAAUUUUUCUUUGCGGUGUAACGAUGCGGAGGAUCGUUGGUGAACGAAGAAUGUUGAGAUUCUGCAUUUUGAUGGUCGUUUGUCGCUUUGACUCCACCAUCGGAAUACCUGCGGAGCAACCAACCAGAUUCACAUUGAACACUGGAGAUCCCAGCACGAAAAAUGUCGCUGCCACGUUCAAUUACGCGCCAGGCCAGGAGUUGUUAGGCCGUGUCACGGACGCGGUAAGAAUCGGCACAGGGAGAUUCGUGAAUUCCGUCACGUUGGCCAGAAACAUCAUAGCCAAUCAGGCGCAGGCUCUGGCCAGUGAGACGGAGAACAACGUGGCCGCGGUAGAGGUGCAAAAGUCGGUGGCCUUGAACUAUGAACCGAUAUCUUUCGAAACGACCCAGUAUCCGCCAGUGACGAACAUUCGGCCAAACUCGCGCGAAACUGUCAGAUUGGAGAACGAAACGGCGCAGAGUUUCUUGGAGAAACCAAUUUCCAAGCCUGUCGCGAGUAUUUUGGAAUCUAUCCUGAGCCCGACGCCGUUGGUCGAUGGCGUGAAGGAAGAAGAGAAGUACGGAAACUCCGGUGACAAGUUCAUCGGGAUCGGUCGGACUCUGGUGAAUGGAUUCGAGACAUUUAGCAACUUUCUGAACGCUGUCGUUGACUUUCCACGCAAGACUGUGAAAAAGACAAGCCAAGGAAUCACGGACGUGCUGAAUAAGGUGGGAGCUCGUCUCGUCGGGUUGGAAUAAUGUAAAUACCAUAAUUCACGUAAGACUGUUUUACUCGAUGUUUCAAUUGUUGUGCGUUGUUCGAAUAAACUGUUCGUCUUUCUCA